AUGGCUGCGGAGCCGGAGGAACAUGACGCGACAGUUCAAGGACGUGUCACAGGCAUUAUCUACCCACCACCAGAUAUUCGCGCCGUGGUUGACAAGACAGCGCAAUUUGUGGCAAGCAAUGGACGCGCCUUCGAGAGCCGCAUUGUUGGUGAGCGUAUGUCAGCUAAGUUUUCAUUCCUACGCGAGUCCGAUCCAUAUCACGCAUACUAUGAGCACAAGGUGAGCGAAUUGAUCGCUAAGAAAGAAGAAGGAGUAUCAGUUGAAUCCGAGCAGCAGCAAGUAAAUGGUUCAGAAGAGCAAGUAAAGACGCAAAUGAUUGUCAAAGCUGCCGAGACUGCCGGUGAUGUGGUUGUGGAGAAGAAAGCGGUGCAAGAUGUCGCGGCCCAAGCGGCGAUUAAACUUAAGGAUAAAGAGCUAGAGCCACCACCAGAUGAAAAGUUUAUAAUCAAGCAUCCAACGCUUAGUGCAUUGGAUCAGGAAAUCAUGUACUUGACAGCCCAGUACACGGCAUUAAGUGGUAGCUCAUUUUUAUCAGGUCUUGCUACACGUGAGCAGCGCAAUCCACAGUUCGACUUUUUAAAGCCCACCCACCCACUCUUCGCUUAUUUUACGGCACUUGUGGAAUCCUACACACUGGUAAUGGCCAAACAGGAAAUGCAGAUGAAGCGGAUUGAAGAGGGAAUGGAUCGAAUGAAGGUGCUUGAUCGAUGUGUUUAUCGAAUGGAAUGGCAGCGAACGGAGCAGGAACGCAAGGACAGGGAAGUGGCGGAAAGUGAUGCCGAGCGUCGUGCACUGGCGCAGAUCGACUGGCACGACUUUGUGGUCGUUGAGACGAUUAAUUUCGACGAUGAUGAUGACUUGGGCGCUUCAGCUACUGUUGGUGAGGAGGAAACAAAGGGGUCAGAUGACGAUAUGGACAUGGACGAAGAUGAAGACGAUGACGACGAUGGACCACAGCCAGACAUUAAAAUUGUCGAAGACCACGUGCCACAAGUAACUGGGGCGACGACGCAGCAACCAUUACUGAGUGUGGACGGUAAGACUAUAUCGUCUGCUGAGGCUAAUGAACACAUGCGAAUUCUGUUGAUGAAUCCAAAGUGGCGCGAAGAAACGCAGCGGCAUCUUGAAAAGCAAAAAGAGUCUUCAUAUGCACCAGGAUCGGCAAUUGCAGAUUCUUUGCGACGUUUCGCAACUAAACGUUCAGACAUCUUCGCGUCAUCUGCAGAAGAAGAAGCGCGAUUGUUGGAAGCCACUAAUGGUUCGACGACUGCUGACGAGCAACAGCAGGAGCAGCAACAACAACAGGAGCAGCAGCCACAACAGGAGGAAGACGCCACUGAAGAAGAGAACUCAGCAUUUUUGGAAACAGUGCAAACUCAGCCAGUUUCCGAUAUCACUGGAUCCAUUGAAUCUGCUCAGAUGCCAUCAAUGCUACCACUAUCACAUCCAGCACCGGGAAUGCCACCGCUUAUGGUAUCGGGUCCAAUGAUGGGCGCUCCUGUCAUGGGUGUUGGUGCCCCUGGAUAUGCUCCUUUAGGAAUGGGCAUGAUGCCACCUGGAAUGAUGCCACUUGGAAUGGGCGCCUCUGGCAUGGGAGCCGCUGGUAUGAUGCUUGGACCCCCGAAUGGCCUUCCUCCGCAUUUGCAAGCACGAGGCGUUAUUCCACCAGGAGCAAGCAGUGGCCCACCUGGUAUGAGUGCUGGUCCUCCUGGUGUUUCGGGACCUCCAGGCGAAGACAUUGAACCAUCAACAAAGAGGCAGCGAACAAGCGGAUCAUUGUUACUACCGGAAAAGGAAUUUGCUUCCCGGCAUCCCGGGAUGGUACAAUUGGUUGUGAAGGUUCCAAACGAUCCGGAAAACUCUCAAUGGAAGCUUGAGGGUCAAACGUUGAAUGUGGAGAUUGACGUUAGAGACAACAUGCGGACCUUGAAGGAAAAAAUUAUGGUUGAGUUACAGGGCAUGCCAGUGAAUAAGCAACAGCUCAAGUUCGCGAUGGGUUUCGUCAAGGAUACCCUUACGUGUGCACACUAUAAUUUCUUGAACGACACAGUGCUUGAGCUGAGUGUUCGCCAACGUGGUGGCAGAAGAUAG